AAAAGUUUUAACCGGCGUAAAACCCUGCUUUUUUUUCCUUUCAAUGGACGACGUAGCGUCGGAGAACGCAUCGUAAAUUUUCUAUGGUAACAGCGCGUGUCUCGAGGAAUAGUUCCUCACUUGCCGCUAUGGUGGUUCGUCCUGUGACCGAGAUUGCGGCUUAUCGUCCGAUAAGCUUCGAAAUCUGUGAUUUUUUUUUUAAGACGUUGUUGUGACCGAUUGUCUCGUUUACUAUAAUACGCCCGUCUCGCGCGCCACAGCACCACCCAGCCUCGCUUUAGUACGGGCGCGUGUGUCUCUAAGAAAUCUUCGAUGUGAAUUGUUCGCGCUUCCGGAGUGACAAAAUGGAUAAAUUCGACAGCGUCGGCGCGAAGGACAACGAGAAAUAUGGACUCGGAUACCAGAAUACGUUGAUGUAUGGCCGGUAUAGCCGGCAAUUAGGAGAAUUUGCGAAAUUAGAAGGGCUAAAAGCGGCAGAGAAACGGCGACUGAAAGAAGAAAAGGCUCGCAAAAAGGAGCUCAGAGGAUACCAGGGAAAACUAGCGAAAUCUAUUUCGUUCCUAUGGAAACACACGUUCGCGAGGCUCGGCGAGGACUGGGUAUUCCUCGCCCUGUUGGGCAUCAUAAUGGCCGUGCUGAGUUUUAUCAUGGAUAGCGGUAUAUCCAUGUGCAAUACAGCGAGGAUAUGGUUGUACAACGACCUGACGUAUCAUCCCGCUGCGCAGUACGCGUCGUGGGUGUCCCUCUCGGUGUGUUUGAUCCUGUUUAGUGCGGGUUUCGUCCACCUGGUGGCGCCGCAAUCGAUAGGUUCCGGAAUUCCCGAAAUGAAGACCAUUCUUCGAGGCGUCGCCUUGAAGGAAUACCUUACGUUUCGCACCCUGAUCGCGAAAGUGGUCGGCCUAACCGCCACCCUAGGCAGCGGCGUGCCGUUGGGUAAAGAAGGUCCUUUCGUGCACAUAGCGAGCAUAUCGGCCACUUUGCUCAGCAAGCUAAUAACCGGCUUCCAAGGGAUCUACGAAAACGAGAGCAGAACUACCGAAAUGUUGGCAGCGGCGUGCGCGGUAGGGGUGGCUAGCUGUUUCGCCGCUCCCGUGGGAGGGGUGCUGUUCAGCAUCGAAGUAACGACGACUUACUUCGCGGUCCGUAACUAUUGGCGUGGUUUUUUCGCCGCUGUGUGCGGUGCCACGACGUUUCGACUCUUGGCCGUUUGGUUUCAGAGCGCCGAUACUGUGACCGCCGUUUUUCGCACCAACUUUUACAUGGACUUUCCGUUCGAUCCUCAGGAAUUGUUCGUGUUCGCGUUGAUUGGAGCAUUCUGCGGGCUGGGUGGCUCGUUCUACGUGUGGGUUCAUCGGAAGUACGUCAUCUUCAUGCGCAAUAGCAAAGCGAUCAACAAGUUCUUGCAGAAAAACCGUUUUCUUUACCCGGGCAUCAUUUCUCUGUUGGUCGCGACGAUCACGUUCCCGUUGGGCACCGGUCAAUUUAUUGCUGGUGAUCUGACGGGGCACGCUCAAGUGACCAACUUGUUUAGUAACUUCACGUGGACCAAGACUAACCACACGCCGUUCGAGGAGAGCGUUAUCAAGCACUGGAAGACUGAAUAUUCGGGAGUUUUGUUUAAUUUAAGUUGUUACGUAGCUUUUACGUUCCUGUGGUCGAUUAUCUGUUCUACAAUACCAGUUCCCAGCGGUAGCUUCAUACCGGUGUUCAAAAUUGGAGCUGGGUUCGGUAGGAUCGUUGGAGAACUGAUGCACAUGUGGUUCCCCAACGGUAUGAGAUACGGCGGUAACAUAGCUCAAAUCAUCCCCGGAGGGUACGCCACAGUGGGGGCGGCCGCCUUUAGCGGAGCGGUGACUCAUACUAUAUCUGUGUCUGUGAUAGUAUUCGAAAUGACUGGACAAAUCACUCACAUUAUACCGAUCAUGAUCGCUGUGCUGAUAUCGAACGCUAUCGCUAGCCUGUUGGCGCCCAGCCUUUACGACAGCAUUAUUCUCAUAAAGAGGUUGCCGUAUUUGCCCGACUUGUUGCCCAGUAGUAGCGGUAUGUACAAUAUUUAUGUAGAGGACUUCAUGAUAAGGGACAUCAAGUACAUAUUCUACGGAAUGUCGUACGACCAGCUGAAACAGCUCCUCAAAGAGAACAGACGGUUACAGAGCUUUCCAUUGGUGGACAAGCCUGAAAGUAUGGUUCUCUUGGGCUCAAUUCAGAGGCUUCAACUCAUACAGUUGAUCGAGAAGCACAUAGGUCGAGAGAGGCGACUGCAAGUGGCUGCCAUUAGGCAGCGGGAAGCAGAAGAGAAGGCGCGGGAAGAGGCGUGGCGGAAAGCGGAAGAAAGGAAACGGCGGCCGUCGAGGUUCCAAGUCAGUCCCGCUCCCGACGUGCUCCAGAAGCAACUGUCCGAAAAUAAUCUGGAUCAGCCCACCCUCUAUAACCCGGUGUUUGGUACUCAACCUAAAAAAUCGAUCCUGAAAAAGACCAACUCGUUCACCCUGAAAGGAUUCUCGCCAUUCAUGUCGACCAGUCCCGGUUCGACGCCAUAUUCGACGGUGACCGGCGCGGAAAGUAGAAUACGAUCCGCGUUCGAAGCGAUUUUCAGGAAAUCUGCUCAGCUGCAAGACGUCCAGAGCCCGGACAAUCAACCGGUACUCAACAACGUAGGGAGCAAACCGGAGAUAGUGCCACCGCUCAGUCCAACCACUUCUAAAAAAGUUCAGUUGCCCAAGGAACGGGUGUGCGACAUGUCGACGGAGGAUCAGCGAAAGUGGGAAGACGAGCAGAUGCGGCAGUCGGUCGACUUUUCCAGCUGCCAUAUAGAUCCGGCGCCAUUUCAGCUGGUCGAGAGGACUUCUUUGCUCAAAGUUCACUCGUUGUUUUCUAUGGUGGGGGUUAACCACGCCUACGUCACCGCUAUAGGGAAGUUGGUAGGUGUCGUGGGCCUAAAGGAGCUGAGGAAAGCCAUCGAAGAUGCCAACAGUGGACAGUUGCCAUUGGUCAGUUCCGAUACAAAUAGUAACGGUACGGUUAGUGUGAACGACGUCAAAGAUCCCGUCGAUGAUGACGUGGACGCUAGUUCGAGUUUAGUGUCCAAGGUUUAGUGUCGCAGUGCGGA